AAGUAUGGUAUUCACCGCUUCCUCUUCUCAUCUGGUCAUGUUGAAUGGGUUGUCCUAUUGAAGGAAUUCUCUAUUAGCUUGUAUGGGAGCAGUUGUUGUGUUGGCGGUUUGUCAAAAUCCCAUUUAAUAUCGGAUAGACAAUCAAAGCGGGAUAUUCGUCAACCUUCAAGGCGUAGAAGAAGGGAAUGGUCAACUGGUCCAAAGGUCAUGGAAAACAAUGUUAGUAUGUCUCAUUCCCUUGAUGCACACUUGUCUUCAUGCCCACCUACUCUCAGUGAAGAAAACAAGUCUACAGAAGAAAAUGUGACUACUGUUUCAUUCAUCAAUCAUGCGGCUAUAGCUUGGCAUGAGAGAAGAAGAGAAUGGAUUGGUGAUCAGUCAAAAAGAAAUCAUCGGCCAACAAGAGAACCAAUAAUAAGCUGGUCCACAACUUAUGAAGACUUGCUCACAAACAAUCAUCCUUUCUCACAACCAAUUCCAUUAUCUGAGAUGAUCGAUUUCUUAGUAGAUAUAUGGCAAGAAGAAGGGCUUUAUGAUUAGGCACAGAGAGAUGCAUCUAGUUGUGGGAUACCUUGUGAGAUGAGAACUCCAUUUUUUGCUUUUCAUUGGUCAUUAUUUUUAAUUUAGUAUUCAAAUAUAGCUAAUUUGUUUCUGCAACACUGGAAAGGGUGGGGGAUAAAAAAAAGUAUGAUUGCUUGUUUAUCAAGGGCGACAAUGUGAAGACAGCAUUAGUUUUUCUCACGGUUAUCAUACUUGUCGGUUUAAAAUUAUAUUUGACUGUGUUUUUUUUUA